UGUAGCAAACGCUAAUCCCACUUGUCCCCUCUCGUUGCAUAUCUCUUCAUACUUUCUGUCCUUCAUCGUCAAUCUUCCAUCAAUGGAACUCCAACUCUUAUUGCAGUUCUUCACAAACAACGUCUAUUUCUCUUCUCUUCUCCUUUCACUCACCAUCCUCCUUCUUCUCAUCGCAAUCGCGCGUCUUUCUCACCGAAAGAACAUCCUCUGCAGCUGCGAAACAUGCCAGGCCUACCUCACUUCAAGCUGGUCCCAAUACUUCCACAACCUCUGCGACUGGUACACCCACCUCCUCCGAACCUCCCCCACCAAAACCAUCCACAUCCACGUGCUGCGCAACACCAUCACCGCCAACGUGGAAAACGUUGAGUACAUUCUCAAGACCAGGUUCCACAACUUUCCCAAGGGGAAACCCUUCUCUACCAUCCUCGGUGACUUCCUCGGCAAAGGAAUCUUCAACGUCGAUGGCGAAACCUGGCGCUUCCAGAAGAAGAUGGCCGCCCUCCAACUCAACAACAACGGCGUAACCUUCUUCGCCUUCGAAAUCAUCAAGAGCGAAAUCCAUGACAGACUCCUCCCGCUCCUUCACGCGUCGACCCGAAACGGCGCCGUCUUGGACCUGCAGGACGUGUUCCGGAGAUUCUCCUUCGAUAGCAUUUGCCGUUUCUCCUUCGGGCUGGACCCCAAGUGUUUGGAGAAGUCUUUGCCGAUGUCGAAGUUCGCGGUUUGCUUUGACUUGGCGUCGAAGCUCUCUGCGGAAAGAGCCAUGGCGUUGUCGCCUUAUGUGUGGAAGGUGAAGAGGUUUUUCAAUGUGGGGAGCGAGAAACGGCUUCGGGAAGCGGUUGAAGUGAUUAACGGGUUGGCCAGGGAGGUUAUAAAGCAAAGGCGCGAAAUGGGUUUCUCUGAAAACAAGGACUUGUUGUCGCGGUUCAUGAGCACGGUCCACGACGAUGACACGUAUUUACGAGACAUUGUUGUGAGCUUCUUAUUGGCGGGUCGUGACACAGUGGCUUCGGCUCUCACCAGCUUCUUUUAUCUGUUAGGGAAACAUCCAGAAGUUGAAUCGGAGAUUCGUGCGGAGGCAAAUCGAGUGGUUGGGCCUCAUGAGGAUCUCACGAGCUUUGAAGAGCUUAAGCAAUUGCACUAUUUGCAAGCGGCGAUGCAUGAAAGUCUGAGGCUGUUUCCACCGAUUCAGUUUGAUUCAAAGUUUUGUUUGGAGGAGGAUGUGUUACCCGAUGGGACUAAAGUGGAGAGUGGAACUAGGGUUACUUACCAUCCCUAUGCGAUGGGAAGGUUGGAGGAAAUAUGGGGCUGUGACUGUUCGGAGUUUAGGCCAGAAAGAUGGUUGAAGGAUGGGGUGUUCCACCCCGAAAGUCCGUUCAAGUACCCGGUUUUUCAAGCAGGGUUGAGGGUUUGUUUGGGGAAGGAAAUGGCUCUGAUGGAGCUCAAAACUGUGGCACUUUCACUGCUUCGAAAGUUCCACAUCCAGUUGGUGGAAUCAUCUUGUGGAAACCCUCAUUUCUCCCCUGGACUCACUGCUACCUUUAGGUUUGGCCUUCCCGUGAAGGUUCGUGAGAGAGGAUUAGAACAACAACAACUGAACCCUCUCAUUCACCUAUCCUCUUCCUAGUUAUUCAUCACCUACCUUGCUGUUCAUUAUUUAUGCUCCAUACUCCAUAGCAUGAGAUUGUUUAAAGAAAGCUUGUAUAUAAUUAAGUUAUGUAAGUUAUAUGAAGCAUGUUGGACAAGUAUAAAGCUCUCAGGCCAACUUCAGGUUUAUCAAGGACUGAGUUUAGAUUCUAUCUGGGAACAAUCUCUGGUUUGUAUGAACUGAUUUUUAACUCUAAGUUGGACACUCAACUCUUGUAAUUAACCUCUGUAACAAGUUAAGUUCCAUAUGGAUCGAUCUUGAACCCUUCCAAAAUUAAGCGAAUCUUGUACAGGAUCGUAGGAUUUGGAUUGACGAAGAUGUAUACUUGUUCAUGAUACUUUGAGGGGUGACUCGACAGUUGGAAGAACCACUUGAAAAAGGAAAAGCACAGAGAGCAGAAAAGCAACUCACGAUAAAGGUAUUUAUAACUGAUAUUUGGCAAACCUUCUUAAACUGGAACAUUUAUGUUUACAUGUUUUGGGAGUUAGGUAUUCAUUAUUUAUGGACCAUACACAUAGCAUGUGAUUAAUUGUGAUGUGUGAGAGAUUAUUGGUGAUUGAUUCUAUGCUGAUGAUGAUAAUGGUGGAAAAUGAAGAGACAGCAUUGUUUUGUGCACCACAAGUUUAUGGAAGUGAUUAGUUGGAAAACGACUGGGAUGUGAUUAAUGGCGAACGGGUGCAGAAGAGUCUUGUUCGCACCACUAAACCAGAAUGAAUGUGUUGAUGUCGGUAGAUUCUUGUUGAGGUACAAGUUAAUGUUGAAAUUGAUUCCUGAAGCUGGUGGUUUUUGGAUGUGCAUAUGGAUUUUGCUCAGUGGAUCCGACAUUUUAUAUAGUGCGCCACGAAAGCUGUGACAUAUUUGUGAGUGUGUAUGUGGUUCUUUUUUUCUUUAUUCUGUUUGUUUUUAUUGAUAUUAUGUACAUUAAAAUUGUAGAAGUACCUGCAAUGGUCAUUAAUUAAAUCCUUUUAUGUAUGAU